CCUCAUCAACAGGCAACAAGACUCCUCAUAACCAACUUCCCCCAGAACAUUGAUCCCCGUACAGCGCAUUCAGCCAAAGACCGUCAGUAUGUCCUUCGAUCAACUUUCCUCGUUAGAGUCGCAGCCGACUACCAUGCGACGGCAGGACGACCCUCAAUACUCCGAUGAUCCUGAGUUUCAACGCCUGUCGCAAGAACUCAUGACCAAACUCUUCACAUUGACGGGCAAUAUCUCGAGACUUUCCAACGAGAUAGCCCUUCUAGGCACGAAGCGAGAUACAGAGAGGGUGCGGGAAAGAGUGCACGAUCUUUUGGAGGAAUCCAAAGAUACCUUUAAGGAAGUUGGGGAGGGCGUGAAGAAGAUCCAGUCUUGGGAGGAUGUUAGCGUAUGUACAUGCUUAUUUGGUUUCUGGAGAAACAUGCUAAUCUGGGUGCAGCCAUCGCAGAAAUACACUCAGCAGAAGCUCGCCCGAGAAUUCCAAAACAAUCUCCAAGAAUUCCAGUCAGUUCAGCGAUUAGCACUCGAAAAGCAACGCACAUCUGCAACGGCAGCACGGAGCGCAUUGGAAGAAUCACAAUCUCCUGGGACCGAAGGCACGAGUCCAUUUGGACAGCAGCAAGCGCAAGAACAAUUGCGACUCGCCUCCCAAGAUGAGGUGGAUUUCCAAGAUUCGCUGAUUGUAGAACGAGAGGCGGAGAUCCGGAAUAUUGAGCAAGGCGUCACAGAGCUGAAUGAACUAUUCCGAGAUGUAGCGCAUAUCGUUACAGAACAGGGUGAGAUGCUUGACGAUAUAGCAAGUAACGUCGAGAAUACCCGAAACGAUACUCAAGGUGCAGAUCGUGAGUUGAGAAGUGCUGCAAGAUACCAGAAGAACGCAAGAUCCAAGGCUUGCUGUUUACUUUUGAUUCUAGCCGUUAUUCUCACAAUUGUAAUUCUGGCCGCUGUUGUAGGUUAAGCAAGGGUAUUAUAUUGAUUUUUGAGGUGGAGCUUGGAGUUUGGCGUUUAGAAGUUGAUCAUUUUGGGCUUUACAGUAGGCCCCGAACUCGACCGGUGUACGCAUUAUUGUUGCAAUUGGGGUUGGAUUGAGGUUCACAUAGCUUUACAGUACUACGAAGUCUCGUUUUCUUCUGUGGUUUCAUGGGGGAUGUUGUUAUUGGGAGUUUUCAGCACAGCCAUAGUUAGAACUGUAUAUCACAAGAGAUCGGUCUUUCUCAAUAGUAUAUCUCUUGGACUGCUUAUACUGAGGAGUGUACUGUGCAUAUCGCUUCGUAUCGUC